UAUAAUAAUUUAAUUUUUUGUGUGUUGUGUUCACGUCGACGUCGCGUUCAUUGGCCGCGCGCCGUGCGUUCUCUCUCUUCUCUCUCUCUCGCUGCGUGCGUGUGAGCGUGUUUAAGUCCCCAAAAUGCUGACAGCAAGGUGUUAAGACAAUUGCAACAUAAACAAACACACAAUAAUCAUAAUAAUAAUAGCAAUUAUACUCAAAAAAACGAAAACGACAACUCCAACCCCGCAGCAGCAUCAACAGCAAUUACUAAAUGAAAAUGCGAAAUCAUAAAGAAAACGGAAAUCAUCAAGCGAGCUCAACGCAGACAAUGCCACUCGAGAGCAACAAAAUGGACAAAGCCAAUGGCAACAUCAACAACAACAACAACAAUAGCAAUGCCAACGGUCAAACGGACAAGCUGAACGUUAACAAAAUGUUGCUCAAGUCCGUUGUUUCAAAGGAUGCUACAGCAGCAGCAACAGCAGCAACAACUGCUGCAACAACAACAACUGCAACGCAGUCACAUUCACAGUCACAGUCACUGCGACGGCAACAGCAAUUCACGCCCCUUGCCGUGUCGGAUGCGGCCAGCAAUGCCAGCUUCAGUUCCGCAUCGGUCGCCGGCUCCAUACAGGAUGAUAUGCAGCUGCCGCCAACGCCACAGCAGCAGCAAUCACAUGCACAGCAGCAACAUGCAACGCAACAGCAGCAGCAACUUGAUGCAUGUGGACUUACCCAAGCGGGUUUGGAGGAGUACAACAUACGCGCCAAUUGCUACUACGAUCAAACUACAUUUCAUCAUCAGAAGCAAGCAAGCUAUGCGCAGUCCGAGGGCUAUCACAGCUACGUAUCCAGCUCGGACUCCAGCUCGGCCACGCCGUUCUUAGACAAAUUACGCCAAGAGAGCGAACUGCUGUCGCGACAAUCGCAUCAUUGGUCCGAGAACGAUCUGUCCUCAGUUGGCAGCAAUUCGAUUGCUCCAUCGCCCAUACCAUUGCUCGCGCGGCAGUGCAACAGUCGCAGCAGCAGCAUCAGCGGCAACAUUAACGGCAACGCUUCACACACCCACGCCCAUAACCACACCCAUAGCCACAGCCACAGCCACAGCCAUCCACAGCAUCGCUCCAGCCCCAACAGCAGCAGCAACAACAACAACAACAGUUCAGAGAGCACCUCAUCCACGGAGACGCUGAAAUGGCUUGGCUCUAUGAGCGAUAUAUCCGAGGCGAGCCAUGCCACCGGCUAUAGCGCCAUAGCCGAGUCGGUGAGCUCCUCCUCGCAGCUAAUAGUGCACAGCUCUCGGGUGCUGACGCCCAAGCGACAUCAUAGCGAGAGUGUGCUGUAUCUACACGACAGCGAAACGACGACGCCAGCAGCGGCAGCCGCAACAGCGACGGCAACAGCGACUACGCAGCAGAUCUCAGAGGAGGAUGCAGUGCAGCCGCUGCGCGUGCAGCAUCGUCAUAGUCCCAGCUAUCCGCCAGUGCAUAGCACGCUGACGCUGCAACGCUUGCAACAGCUCAACUCAACACAAAGUUCCUUGGACUCCAUCACAUCAGCAGCCGCCUCAUCGCUCUCACAGUCAACGGGCGAUCUUAAGCACAGAUCGAGCAUCAAUGUAAGCAUCUCCAGCAGCGAAGCGGUGGUCACCAUUGCACCACAGCCGCCACCCAGCAAGCCGCAGCUAAGCAAGAGCGAGCUCUUCAGCUGCAGUGCACCCAAUGUGGCCAGCAGCGAAUGCAGCGAUAGCUAUCGCAGCAAUCAUCGCCUCUUUCCCGUCAGCACCUACACGGAGCCGGUGCAUAGCAACACCUCGCACUAUGUGCAGCAUCCCAAGCCGCAGUACAGCGCCAAAUUACCUGUGAUAACGCCCGCUGGCGCCGCCGUGCAGCCCGCUUGGCAUUCGGUAGCGGAACGCAUAAACGACUUUGAACGCAGUCAGCCCAAGUUUGCCUAUCUGGAGCCCAGCAAAACGCAUCGUCUGUCUAAUCCAGCGCUCAAGGCGCUGCAGAAGAACGCAGUGCAGAGCUACGUGGAGCGGCAGCAGGCGCAGGCGCAGCAGCAGCAGGAGGAGCAGCAGCUGCUGCGGCCACACAACUAUCAGUCGCUGCAUGUGGAGCGCAAGAGUUUGCCCAACAAUUUGAGUCCCAUGCUGGGCUCAAGUGGCAGCAGCUCGCCAACGCCGCCACCGCCGCCGCCACGCUCACGCUCGUUGCUGUCCAAUGUGCUGCGUCGCUCCAGCUCUGCCUCGGACUAUGCAGAGUUUCGUGAGCCGCCGCAGCAGCAGCAGCAAGCGCAAUAUGCAGCUAAGCAGCCGACGGGACUGCGUAAUAUAAGCAGCGCUGAAAAGUUGUCGUUCAAUGACUGUGGCAUGCCACCGCCGCCGCCGCCACCACGUGGACGCGUCGUGCUGCCCACGCGACGCGGCUCCUCGGCUACAGAGUAUGCGCCCAUGCGUGAGAAGCUGCUGCUGCAGCAGGCGGCAGCGCUGGCGCAUCAGCAACAUCAUCCGCAGCAGCAUGUGCGCUACGAGCGUCCGCCCGAGCGUCCACCCAAGCAGCCGCAUCUGCGCGUGCCCUCGCCGGAGCUGCCGCCGCCACCACUUGGCCCCGAACUGGAGUCCGGCUAUACGUUCGAUGAGCCGCUGCCGCCGCCACCGCCACCGGAAGUGCUGCAAGCGCCUGCGCCGCCGCCAGCCAAUCGACGCAACAGCUUUGCAGGCGCCUCAACGCGUCGUUUGCCCAGCGCUGCUGCUGCUGCUGUCAAGGUGCCGCCGCAAGUGCCCAAGAAACCCACCAGCUUGCGUCAGCUGCCACAUGCUAAAGCGCCGCUGUCCAAUGGCGCCAAGCCUACAAAUCUGCCCACAACCAGUCGCAAGCGUCCGCAUCAUGCGCCGCCCAUUCUGGAAAGCAUUGCAACCACUGCCGCCGCUGCCCCACCACCGCCAUUGUUGCCACGCGCACGUCCCACGCCACAUGCUGCGGCUGCUGCUGUGGACAGCAUUAUUGCCAACAAUCUGGAGAGCAAUCAGCAGAAACGAUCCAACUCGAAGGCUUCGUAUCUGCCGCGUCAGAGCCUGGAGAAGCUGAACAACACGGAUCCGGAUCAUGGCAUUUAUAAGCUCACGCUUACCUCCAACGAGGAUCUGGUGGCGCAUUCGAAGCCCAACUAUGGCGUAACUGCAGCCAAGUUGAAGCUGCCCAACAAUUUGCCCGAUGUGUUGCCGUUGGGCGUCAAACUGCAGCAGCCAGUCAAGCCCAGUUCGCCCACAGCUGCUGAGCAGCUGGUUACGUUGCGCUAUGGCAGCAACAAUAACCUGGCAACGAAAACAACAAACAGCGGCACACCAACCAGCGCCUAUGCUAUGAUCUAUGGACAGCAGCCACAGCAACAGCAGCCAGGACAGCAGCGUUACUCAACGCCCACGCUGGGCCACGCCUACAGCCAAAAGAGUGUGGGAGGCGGCACGCAGUUUACGCGAUCUCAGUCGUACGAUGCCUGCCAAUCCCAGCUGGAUCUGAAGCAGGCUGUGCAUGAUCUGGAGACAACGCUGGAGGAAGUGCUGCCGGCGCCAACGCCCACGCCCACACCGCCACGCCUAUCGCCGGCGCAUUCGCAUUCGGACUGCAGCCUGAGCAGCGGCUCACUGGACUGCAGUCCAGUGCAUGCGGCCAGCGAUGCGCACAUCUUUCGCGCCGAGCUGAUUAGCACAACGACAACCACGCCCACGCCCAAGCCGCCGCCCAUAAAUCGGCAGGAAUCGCUGCGUGAAAACAUUGAGAAGAUAACACAGCUGCAAUCGCAGCUAAUGUCUGCACACAUCUGUGAGUCCACGAACCUCUUAAGCAGCUACGCCAAGAGCAUAGAGCCCAUUAAAGAGCAGCUGAGCAGCAGCAGCACAAGUCCAACGCCCCCCACGCCCACUACGCCGCCGCCAGCUGUGGCGGAUGCCAGCACCGAUAGCUUAAAGUUGAUGCAGCGCAGCGAGCUGGUGCUGCUUGUUAAUGCGCCGCCCAGCACUGCGGACAUGGCCUGCCAAACGGAUGAGCUGCUGGACAGCGAACUGGUGGCCAGCACGCGCGGCAGCGAGGAGCAACCCAUGCGCACCACAUUGCAGCCACGCCAGCGUCAGGCCAUUGAGCUGGAGUAUGAGCAGCAGGCGCUGCAGCUGCUGCAGCAAUUGCCGCCCAACAGCGACAACAGCAACAAGCUUGUCGAGAUUCUGACACCAAAAAGCCAAAAGCCCACCACACAAUACGUUAGCAAUCUAUACAAUCCCAAUGUGCCGCUGCGUCCGGCCAAGCGCGAUGUGGGCACCUCAACACUCAUGCGCAUCAAGGGUGUGGCCCAGAAUGCGCUGCAGGAGCUGCAACUUGUCACCGUCGAGCUGCAGCUGUGCAGCGACGACACUGGCAACAACUUAAUCAAACAGCAGCUGGAUGCGCUCAUCAAGCAGUUGAACCAAAAAAUUGCCGCCCUGAAGCGUGAACAGCGCACCAUUGGCGAAGAGUGCGGCGCCAACGAUCAACUAGGCCUGGAGCUGCUGGCCAAACUAACGGAGAAGGUGCGUCCCAGCGAAGCGUCCAAGUUCCGCACCUACAUCGAUGAUGUGGGUCACAUUACCAGUCUGUUGCUAUCGCUGUCGGAGCGCCUAGCCCAAACCGAUUGCAGCCUAGAGGCGCGUACGCCACAUGCAAUCUCCCAGCAGGAGCAGUGUACGCUGGAAGCGAAACGGCAACGCCUCUGUGAGCAAUUGGAGGAGGCACAACGCCUCAAGGCGGACAUUGAUAGGCGUGGCAGCAGCAUUGCCGCGCUCUUUGGCAAGCAUCUCAGCGCCGAUCUGUGCGCCGACUACGAUUAUUUUAUCAAUAUGAAGGCCAAACUUAUUGCCGAUGCACGUGAUCUGGCCGAUCGGAUCAAGGGCAGCGAGGAGCAGCUCUCGGCGCUUAGUGAUACUUUGUUCCAAAGUGAUUGCUAAAGCUGUCGCUGCAUUUGUCGCUCCUUUUUCACAGUUUUCCUUGCUGUCAACUCUGAGUUGAGAGCUGUUAAGUGAGAAUUGUGCGUCCGUUCUGAUCUGCAUGUGUAUUAACUUAAAAUUGUGCUUAAAAAACAACCAACACAUACACACACACACACUCUAAUGUAUAAAUAUUUUAUGUUCAUUUGUGAUUUUCAAUUAGCUUGUAGGUUAUAAACUAUGUAUCUGCCGCAUAUGUGUAAGCAAAUUUACAUAAUUAUCAAAACGCAAAGAUAAACUGUAUGCAUUAUUAAAAAUUUUAUAAAACUCAUAUGUAA